AGAGUCCUCCUCGACAGGACGACUACAGCUCCCAGGACGCUUUGCGCGGCCCUUAAACCGGAGUCCCUUCCGCCCGGGCGGGGAAGGAACCGCGAGGGCGAAUAGCCGGGCUCGGACCCGUCGGAGUAGAGGCGGGGUUGAGGGGAAGGUUGCCGAGCGGAAGCGGGCUCUCCUGGCAGCGAGGCCGGCUGGUCUUGGUUCCGGGUGUCACUUACUUGGCGACGGAGGAAGUGGGGAAGGAGUCGGACAUCGGGGGAGGGGAGGAGAGAAGAUGGCGUCGGGCUUGGAGUCGGAGAUCCAGUCUAUUGACAGGAGGUUGCUGGAAUGUUCUGCAGAGCAGAUUGCCCUGAAAUGGCUGAAAGUAUCUGAUCUUCCUAAAGAGAUAUACAAGCACUUAGCCUACUAUGUACCCAAGAUUUACUGCACAGGACCUCAUCCAGCUCCACAAAGAGAGGAUAUGCUGGCACAACAUGUUUUGCUGGGCCCUUUGGAGUGGUACCUCUGUGGUGAAGAUCCUACGUUUGGCUUCCAGAAACUUGAACAAGCAAACAAACCUUCACAUCUUUGUGGCAGGGUUUUUAAAGUUGGAGAGCCUACAUACUCUUGCAGGGAUUGUGCAGUUGAUCCUACUUGUGUGCUAUGUAUGGAAUGUUUUCUGGGAAGUGUACACAGAGAGCAUCGAUACAGGAUGACAACAUCUGGUGGAGGAGGUUUCUGUGACUGUGGUGACACUGAAGCUUGGAAAGAAGGCCCUUACUGCCAAAAGCAUGAGCAUAACAUUUCGGAGAAUGAGGAGGAGGAGGAUCCUCUGGUACAUUUGUCAGAAGAAAUGAUAGCAAAAGUUUAUAAUGUUUUUGCUAUCAUGUUUCAAUAUGCCGUAGAUGUAUUAACAUGGGAAAAAGAAAACGAACUGCCACCAGGUUUAGAGAUGGUCAAGAAGAAUGAUAUUUACUACUGUAUGCUUUUUAAUGAUGAAGUUCACACGUAUGAACAGGUUAUUUAUACAUUGCAAAAAGCUGUCAAUUGUACACAAAAGGAGGCCAUUGGUUUUGCAACAACUGUAGACCGAGAUGGGCGCAGGUCAGUUCGCUAUGGAGACUUCCAAUACUGUGAUCUAGCCAAAUCAGUAAUAGUGAGAAACACCAGUCGCCAGACUAAGCCACUGAAGGUUCAAGUUAUGCAUUCAUCAGUUGUUGCCCAUCAGAGCUUUGGUUUGAAGGUUCUGACUUGGCUAGGCAAUAUUAUUGGAUAUUCAGAUGGCCUUCGAAGAAUAUUGUGUCAAGUUGGCUUACAGGAAGGACCAGAAGGAGAAAAUUCUUCCCUUGUGGAUAAACUAAUGCUGUCUGAUUCAAAAUUGUGGAAAGGAGCUAGAAGUGUGUAUCAUCAAUUAUUCAUGAGCAGCCUACUUAUGGAUUUGAAGUACAAGAAACUUUUUGCUAUCCGGUUUGCAAGAAAUUACCGGCAGUUGCAGAGAGAUUUUAUGGAGGAUGAUCACGAGCGGCCAGUGUCGGUGACUGCUCUCUCUGUUCAGCUCUUCACUGUACCUACUCUGGCUCGAAUGUUAAUAAUAGAAGAGAACCUCAUGGCUACUAUCAUCUCAACAUUUAUGGACCAUUUGCGACAUCGAGAUAUUCAGGGCAGGUUUCAGUUUGAACGCUACACUGCGUUACAGACUUUCAAAUUCCGAAGGGUCCAAAGCCUGAUUCUGGAUUUAAAGUAUGUGUUGAUAAGCAAACCAGUUGACUGGUCAGAUGAUCUAAGGCAAAAAUUUCUGGAUGGCUUUGAUGUCUUCUUGGAGUUGCUGAAGUGUAUGCAGGGUAUGGAUCCAAUAACCCGUCAAGUAGGACAGCAUAUUGAAAUGGAACCAGAGUGGGAAGCAGCAUUCACGUUGCAGAUGAAGUUAACACAUGUCAUCUCAAUGAUGCAGGAUUGGUGUGCUUUAGAUGAAAAAGUGCUAAUUGAAGCGUACAAGAAAACUCUGACUGCAUUGAUGCAAUGCCACAGCGGUUUUACUGAUGGAGAGCAACCUAUUGAACUCAACAUGUGUGGGCACUCAGUUGAGACUAUCCGAUACUGUGUUUCUCAGGAAAAAGUUAGCAUUCAUCUCCCAGUUUCUCGUUUGCUUGCAGGUUUGCAUGUGCUUCUGAGCAAAAGUGAAGUGGCAUACAAGUUUCCAGAACAGUUACCAAUGAGUGAACUUAGUCCACCUAUGCUAAUAGAACAUCCCCUACGAUGCCUAGUUCUGUGUGCCCAAGUACAUGCUGGAAUGUGGAGAAGAAAUGGGUUUUCACUUGUUAACCAAAUAUACUACUAUCAUAAUGUGAAAUGCAGAAGAGAGAUGUUCGACAAAGACAUAGUAAUGCUUCAGACAGGUGCAUCCAUGAUGGAUCCAAAUCACUUUCUUAUGAUAAUGCUGAGUCGCUUUGAGCUUUAUCAGAUAUUUAGUACUCCAGAUUAUGGCAAAAGAUUCAGUUCUGAAAAUUCGAAUAAGGAUGUGGUUCAACAAAACAAUACACUAAUUGAAGAACUGUUGUACCUAAUUAUAAUUAUUGUUGGAGAGAGAUUUGUUCCUGGUGUUGGUCAGGUCAAUGCUAGGGAUGAAAUCAAGAGAGAGAUUAUCCAUCAGUUGAGCAUCCGACCCAUGGCUCACAGCGAAUUAGUGAAAGCAUUACCAGAAGAUGAGAACAAAGAGACAGGAAUGGAAAUUGUGAUUGAAGCAGUUGCUUGUUUCAAGAAGCCGGGACUAACAGGCAGAGGACUAUAUGAGUUGAAACUAGAAUGUGCUAAAAAUUUCAACUUGUAUUUUUAUCAUUUCUCAAGAGCAGAACAAUCUAAGGCAGAGGAAGCCCAAAGAAAACGAAGGCAACAAAACCAAGAAGAUACAGCACUCCCACCUCCUGUUCUACCUCCAUUCUGCCCUUUGUUUGAAAGCCUGAUCAAUAUUCUUCAGAGUGAUGUUAUGUUGUGCAUUAUGAGGACGAUACUGCAGUGGGCAGUAGAGCAUAACGGCUAUGCCUGGUCAGAGUCCAUGCUGCAAAGGGUUUUGCACUUAAUUGGAAUGGCACUACAAGAAGAAAAACAACACAUUGAGAAUGCUAAUGAAGAUAAUGUGGUGACUUUUACCUUCAGUCAGAAGAUCUCAAGACCUGGUGAGGCACCUGGCAAUUCCCCAAGCAUUUUAGCUAUGCUAGAAACUUUGCAGAAUGCACCCCAUCUGGAAGUGCACAAGGAUAUGAUCAGAUGGAUAUUAAAGGCUUUUAAUGCAGUCAAGAAGCUAAGAGAAAGAUCUUCUACAAGUCCUGUAUCAGAAACUGAGGGAAAUAUUAUGGAAGAGUGCUCACGAGAUAAAGAAAAGGCUGAGAGAAAGAGAAAAGCUGAAAUUGCCAGGCUGCGAAGAGAAAAGAUCAUGGCACAGAUGUCUGAGAUGCAGCGAAACUUCAUUGAUGAAAACAAAGAACUCUUCCAGCAAACUUUAGAUGAACUUGAAACUUCAUCCUCCAGAGUGCAUGAUAAUAGUCCUUCAGUUUCAGAUACCAAGCUUAUAGCCUUGGGUCCUGAGCAGACUAAAGUGACCGAGCAAAGGAAAGUGGUUACAUGUAUCUUAUGCCAAGAAGAGCAGGAGGUUAAGAUGGACAACACAGCCAUGGUCCUGGCAGCAUUUGUUCAGAGAUCAACAGUCCUGUCUAAAAAUAGAAAUAAAGUGAUUCCAGAUCCUGAAAAAUAUGAUCCAUUGUUCAUGCAUCCAGACUUGUCAUGUGGAACGCACACAGGUAGCUGUGGACAUAUUAUGCAUGCCCACUGCUGGCAAAGAUACUUCGAUGCUGUGCAAGCAAAAGAGCAAAGACGACAGCAAAGAUUACGAGUACACACAAGCUAUGAUGUAGAAAAUGGCGAAUUUCUUUGUCCACUUUGUGAAUGUUUAAGUAACACUAUCAUUCCUUUGCUUCCUCCUCCAAGGAGUUUAUUUAACAGGUUAGAUUUUUCAACUCAACAAAAUCUAGCUCAGUGGAUAAGAACAGUAUCUCAGCAAAUCAAAGCAUUGCAUAUGCUUCAAAACCAGGAAACCAUGACUUAUUCAGGUAUCUCCUGUUGUAGGAAGUCAGAAAAAAUGGAUGAACUACAGCUACCUGAAGGUUUUAGACCAGAGUUCCAACCAAAGAAUCUAUAUUCUGAAAGCAUUAAAGAAAUGCUGAAAACAUUUGGCACUGCAACAUACAAAGUAGGUCUGAAGGUUCAUCCGAAUGAAGAAGAUCCACGUGUACCAGUAAUGUGCUGGGACACUUGUGCAUACACAAUACAAACAAUAGAACGACUUUUGGCAGAUGAAGAGAAACCAUUAUUUGGUCACUUAUCUUGUAGACAGGAUGAUUGCCUUACUUCGUUAACUAGAUUUGCAGCUGCACACUGGACAGUUUCUUCACUUUCAGCAGUACAGGGUCACUUUUGUAUGCUUUUAUCAUCACUGGUGCCUAAUGAAAAAAAUUGGAAUCUUCCCAGUAUUCUUGAUAUCGACAUGUUUCACUUACUGGUAUGCUUGGUACUUUCUUUCCCUGCCAUACACUGUCAGGACUUUUCAGGAGUAAGCCUUGGUACUGGCGAUAUUCAUAUCUUCCAUCUUGUCACUAUGGCACAUAUUGUACAAAUAAUACUUACCUCAUCCACAGAAGAAAAUGGCAUGGACCAAGAAAACCCUACUGGUGAAGAAGAAGCAGUCCUUGCUUUACAUAAAUAUCUUGGCCAGUAUGCAGGAAGUGCCUUGAAAGAAAUGACCUCUGGAUGGCAUCUUUGGAGAAGUAUAAAAGCGGGAAUCAUGCCUUUCCUACGGUGCUCUGCUCUGUUCUUCCACUAUUUAAAUGGCGUUCCAGCACCACCAGAAUUGCAAGUUAGCGGGAUAAACCAAUUUGAAAAUUUAUGUAAAUAUCUCUCCUUGCCAAACAACCUCACUUGCCUUUUUGAAGAGAACAGCAAAAUUACAAAUACAUUAGUAGAAAGCUGGUGCAAUAACAGUGAAGUUAAAAAAUACCUGCAAGGCCAGAGGCAUGCCAUAAGCUAUCCCCGAGAAUCUAACAGAUUAAUAGACCUGCCUGAUGAUUACAGCUGCCUCAUCAAUCAAGCAUCUAAUUUUUCGUGUCCAAAGUCGGGCGGUGAUAAAAGCAGAGCACCAACAUUGUGUCUUGUAUGCGGGACUAUGCUGUGCUCUCAGAGUUACUGCUGCCAAACUGAGUUAGAGGGAGAAGAUGUAGGUGCAUGUACGGCACAUACGUAUACCUGUGGUUCUGGAGUGGGAAUUUUUCUCAGAGUACGGGAGUGUCAAGUGCUAUUCCUAGCUGGAAAAACAAAGGGCUGUUUUUAUCCUCCUCCCUACCUUGAUGACUACGGAGAGACUGAUCAGGGACUCAGACGUGGAAAUCCUUUACAUCUGUGCAGAGAGCGAUUUAAAAAGAUUCAAAAACUCUGGCAACAGCAUAGCAUCACAGAAGAAAUAGGACAUGCACAAGAGGCAAAUCAAACUUUAGUAGGGAUUGACUGGCAGCAUUUAUAACUUAUUUCUUGAAGACUAGAACUUAAUGUCCAUUCUUUUGUAAUCCAGCAAAACUCAUCAAACAAAAGGAAGAUUAGGAAACAAAGGCUUGAAAAAAAUGAGAAGAAUCUUGUUCUUUUAUUAACUUUUCCAUAUUUGUUUUGUAAACUUCCUGGUUACCAUAACCAUGUGAACUUUUCUGUGUAGCAUAUUGAUUAAUAGUAUUAUUUGCACUGUGCUUCCUUCAUACACAACCUGUUGAUUUCUAUAACUUGGGCUGACGAAUUUGCAUUUCUUGUACAAAAGUGGCCAUCUCCUUGGAGUCUGGCUGAAAUCUUUUUUGAUAACUAAGAGGGGAGGAAAAACUCUGCUGAAAUGGCAACUAGACUAAGCACAAUGUCGGUGGUAUGAUUGCCCUUUUGUAGUAAAUCUGAGCCAUUUUGGAUUUUAGUACUUAAAACUGUUCUAUAUUUCAAAUGGAAUGAAAUAAGGGUGCAAAAAUGUAGCAAUCAAUUUAUCUCUAAGAGUGCAUAAAACACUCACUGUAUCUAAAAGAACUUCGUAAUCUGCAGCCUUGCAGGGCUCUUUUGCCUUUGUAUUUCUUCUAACUAAAAAAGAGGAUACUUAAUAAGGAAAUUUUAAUUUAACAAUCUUUUUGAAGUCUUGCACUCUUUAGAAGUAUUGUGUUGGAUUGUGAUAUUGACAUCGUGGGGAAAGAGACUUUGUUUUCCAUGCUGUGAUUGGUAGUCUUUGAUGUUCUAAAAGGUUGACAUUUUUUCUUAGAAUGAGAUAUUAAAACCACCCAUCAGAGAAGUCAUGUGAACCUUGAUUUAAUGUCAAAUGUAAAAGGAAGAGAAUAGAAUUUCAUUUUUGAAAGAUUUGUUCAUUUCUGUCUUUCAAGAUUCAGAACACAUUUGGCUUUUAACAGUUCUCAAGAUUACAUUGAAAGCAAAGUAAAAACCACGGACUCUUUUUUCCUUCCCCUUGCCGCCUCCCCAUAUGCACAUUGCAGAGCCAGAGUUACAAAGUUUUCUGGCUCUUCCUUUCCUCAUUUACAGCGCCAUCCACAUGAAUUUGCACUUGGCUGGCAUUCUGUAAAGAAUUUUGCCUAUAGUAUAUUUUAUAAAUGUACUGAAAUAACUGCACAGAUUUUGCACAUACGUUCCUGAAGACAGUGAAUUUUCUAAAUAUACAUGUAGCCUCCAAGCAAACAACAUAUGAUAGCAUAUUAGACUUUUGGAAGAGCUUUCACACUCUUCAUCCUAUCCAAAUAUCCUUUUUAAAAAGCAGAUAUCAAAAUAACUACAUAAUCUCCUUUGCAUAAUUAUAAGUUGUAAUCUCACCUAUUUGGAAGUCUUGGUUUUGUUGUUUUUUAAAUUUCAUUUUCAGUGCAAAAAAGCCAUCCUUAAACAUCCAGCAUACCUUAAAUGGUUGUGGUCCCGUCCCCCCCCCCCCCCCGGCCUAAUUCAUCAGCUAAUGUUCACAGUGUUUCCUGCAGUCUUGCAAUAUUUGCAGUGCACACACAAGACACAGAUACAAAACUAAAGACCAGUUUUCUUGGGGCAGUUUCUGACAGGACGGGCUUACCAGUCUAAUCAGUCUUCCUACAUGAGUUACUAAUUCUGGAGCCUCACUUUUUUCCAAUGAGUGUUGUGUAACUAAUUAGCAGGAACAUAUUCAAUCUUCAUUUUCCUUUUUUAAAAAUUAGGAUGUAGCUAAGACUAUUUGAUGUGCAUGUUACACUUAGUGUACUAUUUCUGCUCUAACAUGGUUUCUUUGAGCUUUUGACAAACUUGCUUUAAGGCGUAUAUAGUAACAAUACAUUAGAUUCUGUUUUCUUCUCCUCAUAGGUGCAGAAAAACAGAAUAAAAUAGCACCUGCCACCAUUAAACUGACAGAUUUCUGUGUGAAGUAAAUAUUGAGAGAAUAAGCUAUUUUUCCCCUCAGGUACUACAGUCCGAGACAGAAGUCAAAUGGGUUGGUGGAAUUAUGCCGAUAAACUAUAGGGAAGUCUAUAAUUUAUGCUGUUUUUCUGUAAGGUUGCUCAUUUUUAACAACCCAUUUUCUUCUCUGACUUUCUUCUUUUGCAUGUAUUUAUGUUCAUUGUAGAAAUGUUUAUAUAAUGAGCUUUCAGUAUCAGGGAAUUCACACCUGUAACGAAUUGGCUAGAACGUUCAUAUCUGUGGACAACUUGUAAAAACUGAAAUGUAUCAUAUGUAUAAAAGUAUAAGAAUAAAUGCUUUAGGUGUUGACAUUCAA